AUGAGGCGCAGAGGCCCGAAGGAGGAGGAGGCCUGCGGCGUGUGGCUGGACGCGGCGGCGCUGAAGAGGCGGAAAACGCAGACACAUUUAAUCAAGUCAGGUACCAAAAUGCUAACACUCUUUCCUGGAGAGAAAAAGGCUAACAUUUCUUUUACUCAAAGAAGUCGUCCACCUGCAGGCACCCGGCAGACCAGCAUUGCUUCCUUCUUCACCUUGCAGCCAGGAAAGACAAAUGGUGGUGACCAGAGGAGUGUUUCGUCUCAUAUAGAAAGUCAGACCAACAAAGAGUCUAAGGAAGAUGCAACCCAGCUAGACCAUCUGAUCCAGGGCUUGGGGGAUGAUUGCAUGGCACCCCCUUUAGCCACUUCAACCCCUGCAGACAUCCAGGAAGCUAGACUUUCUCCUCAGUCCUUCCAGGCUUCUUACCACCAUGGAAUAGGAAGCCCAUGCGUGACUGUGCUGUCUUUGUUCCAGCCUGAUACCUUUGUCUGUGCUGGAGAGAGUAAAGCAUCACUGGCCUGUUCCUUCACCCAAGACCUGGAGAGUUCUUGCUUACUGGACCAAAAGGAAGAAGAGGAUUCUUCCUGGAAAAGGGAAUGGCCUUAUGGAUCUAAGAAAAAGAACUAUCAUCAGAAUGUGGAGAGACACAGUAAAACGCCUGGGCACAAGGGCCGUCAGCUCUUGGAUAAGACUAACUUGGAAAAGGUGUCUGCCAAAAGAAACAGGCAGGCCCCCAUCCUCCUUCAAACAUACCAGGAUUCCUGGAGUGGAGCAAACAAAGAAGCAGUGAAACAAAGCCCUUGUCCUAUUCCUGUGUUUUCCUGGGACAGCGAAAAGAAUGACAAGGACUCCUGGAGUCAGCUUUUCACCCAGGAUUCUCAGGGCCAGAGGGUCAUUGCCCACAACUCUAGAGCUCCUUUCCGAGAUGUAACCAAUGACCAAAAUCAGGGCUUAGGACAGCUUCCUAACAGCCCUUGGGCUCAGUGCCAGGGUAGGACCACUCAGUUAAAUCUGCAGACUGAUUUGCUCUUUACCCAGGACUCUGAAGUCCAAGCUCUAGCUUUUGGCCAGACUGUUGCAGAAGAUUUCUAAUUGAGAGGCAGAAACAUCUGCAGUGAGGAAGGCAGCUAUUGAAAGAAUUCCAGGAGCAUGAGACUGAGUUUGCAGAGCUGAGUGCCAUCAGUUUCCUUUUCUACUGAUAUCUUCUUCCUUCAGCGCAAACUUCCUCCUUAGGACCUCAGAGAUAAGGAGGGCUGGGUCUUCCUCCUUCAAUAAACUC